AUGGCAAACUACGACCCGUAUGAUCGGGACUACUCUCGCCGUUACGUGCGAGAGGAACGCCGAGAGGAACGCCGAGAUGACCCCCGCUAUCUCGAUCCUCGAGACUCCUUCAACUCAAAGUCGCACUCUACUCGCGAGCUCGUCCCCCGUGCUCGAGAAGACAGCGAUUUGUCAGUAGAAGAGGUUCGCCGCGAUUUCCCCCCUCCCAGCGGCCGCGACAUCCGCCGUGCUAGAUCCGCUGGUCCUGACUAUUAUGAGGAGGAGUACGAGUAUCGCCGCGGAUAUGAUCCUCGCUACGACCGCGACGACCGACGCUCCCGUCGCGGCCCCACCAGCUCCUACUAUGACGAUGAUGACCGCAAGCACAAGUCCAAGGGCAUGUCCAAGAACGAAAAGAUCAUUGCCGCCGUUGCCGGCGCCGCUCUCGCUGUCACUGGUAAGGAGCUCUAUGACCGCCGAGAGGCCAAGGAAGAUGGCACCGAGGUUCAACGCAACGCCCUCUCUACUGCUGCCCUCGCCGGAGUUGGCGCUCUGGCCGCCUACCAGGGCGCACAGUUCUACAACAAGCAGCAGGCCAAGAAGGACCAAAAGGCCAACAUGAUCCUUCACCAUGGCCGUGAUGGCUACUCCAACGAUUACUACUCAGACGACGACAUUGGCCCCAAGGAGAAGAAGGGCCACAAGAAUUUCCUCGAGAACGCUAUUGCCGCCACUGGCCUCGGCGCUGCCGUCAAGGCCCUUACUGGCGGAAGUGGAGAUGACCACCGAUCCGACACUAGAAGCCGUCGGGGAGGCAGUCCUUCCAGCGAUCGAUCUCGUUCUCAUGGUGGUGGUACCAACAAGAUCCAAAAGGCGGCCAUGGCCUCGCUUCUCGCAGGUGCCACUGAAGCCUUCCGUGUUGCCAAGGAACCUGGUGGUUGGAAGGGCGAGAAGACAAAGCGCAUUCUCACCGCAGCUGCUGGUGCCGCUGCCGUUGAUACAGCGACCGAUGAUAAGGGAGGAAAGCUUGGCCUGGCAGAGUCGGUGAUUGGCGGUUUGGUCGGCAACCGCCUGCUCCGAGGUUCAAGGAACGACAUUGAGGAGGACCGCAAGACUGGCCGCAGCCGCUCUCGUUCUCGCGCUCGAUCCAAGUCUCGAAGCGGUGGCGGUGGUGGAGCAACCGGUCUUGCGGCUCUUGCAACUGCCGGUCUGGGUGCACUCGGCGCCAAGAAGGCUUUCGACCGUUCGCGAUCCAGGAGCCGCAGCCGACGGGGAAGGAGUGAAUCCUACAGUCCUUCCCCAGAUCGUCGCCGUCACCGCAGCCGAAGCCGCAGCGUUGUCGACAAGGCCCGCAACAGCCUAGCCAAGCUCGGUCUCGGAGCCGGAGCUGGUGCCGGCGCUGCCGCUGCCGAUGACUACCGCCGUCGGGACCAAGAUGAUUUUAGCGACCGCGGCGGACAUCGAUCUCGCCGAUACUCGGACGACAUGUCGGAGGACGACCGACGAUCUGGCAGCAACCGAGACUACUACGAUGAUGACCGCUCCCACCGGAGCAAGCCAAGAGAACGCCGACGAGGCGGCCGAUCUGAUUAUUCUUCAUCCGACUCCGAUUUGGGCGACUCGGAUGAAGACGAGAAGAGGGCUAAAAAGAUGAGAGCCGUGGCCACGAUCCAUGCAGCACACGAGGUCUAUUCGAGUAUGGAAAAGAGGAAGGCAAGACACAAGGCAGUCAACGAGGGACGCCUCAGCGAGGGUGAAGCGAAGAAGCUCAAGACCAAGGCAAUCAUGCAAGAUGCCGCGUCAGUGGGAAUUGCCGCCCUGGGAAUCAAGGGUGCCAUCUCAGAGAUGAAGGAAGCCAAGCACUUGACACAUGAGUGCAAGGAGUUCAAGCAAGAGAAGGCCCGCCGCCACGAAAGGCGUUUGCAGAGAUGCAUGCGAGCUCAGAGUGUAGGCGGGCAGAGGAGGGCUGACAGCUGGGCACCAUCAUCUCGAGGACGAAGUGACGGGUAUGACUCGGACACGGAGGAUGAAGAGUAUCAUCAUCGAGCCUAUGGGGGUGAUCCUUACAGAGGGAAUGUCUAUCCGGCAAGCCCGUAUGGGACAGAUUCCUACAGGAGAGACCCCUAUGGCCGUGCCCCGUUGCCAGCCCCUUCAAACUGA